AAUGUUUAUUUAAUUAUUGAGUGUCAAAUUUGGAGGCAAUAUGAUAGUGAGAUCCAAACAAAAGGAUCCUAACCCAGACAAUCCAUUCUUGAAAAUCCGACAGUGAAGUGGCGGACCUCGUCAAUGGUGGACAAAUCCAAAAUACUAAGAAAAUCCUCAGAUUUAAGAUCCAUAAUUAUUGUUAAAAAUUGAUCAUUGUCCCUCGAUUUACAAUGUCGAAGACGAAGAGUGUUGAGGUUUGGUGGAAAAGUGAGAAUUUGGGUAAGCGGAGAUGGGUUUUCACGGUUUUUCUUGGGAUAUUGAUUCUUCAUGGAUUGGCUAUUCUAGUCUUCACCAGAGGGUUCCUCCUAACUCGCACUGAACUUUCACAAUAUAGCCAUUGCUCUGAUAUUCAACAAUCUCCUUGCUUAUCUCCUUCUCAAGAUGAUCAAAUGGUCAACCAUUCCAAAGGCUGCUGGACGAAACCAGCCGUUGAUCGCAUUGUCAUCAUUGUUCUCGACGCUCUCAGGUAUGACUUUGUUGCUCCGAGCACCUUUUUCGAAGAGAAAAAACCGUGGAUGGACAGAUUGCAGGUGUUACACAAGUUGGCAUCUCAGCCAGGUUCAUUUGCUAAGAUCUUUAAAGCUAUUGCUGAUCCUCCAACGACCAGUUUGCAACGUCUAAAGGGAUUAACAACCGGCGGGCUUCCAACUUUUAUUGAUGUGGGUAAUAGCUUUGGUGCACCAGCUAUCAUUGAAGAUAAUUUGAUAUAUCAGAUGGCUAAGAAUGGAAAACGAGUCGUGAUGAUGGGGGACGACACGUGGGUUCAACUGUUUCCUGAUCAUUUUAAUAUAUCUCAUCCAUUCCCUUCUUUUAACGUUAAAGACCUCGACACGGUAGAUAAUGGAUGCAUCGAGCACUUGUUUCCGUACUUGUAUAAAGAAGAUUGGGAUGUACUUAUCGCACAUUUUCUUGGCGUGGAUCAUGCUGGACAUAUUUUUGGUGUUGAUUCUACUGAAAUGAUAGAAAAGUUGGAUCAGUACAAUGGGAUUUUGGAGAAAGUUGUUGAUGUUUUAGAAAGCCAAAGUGGGCCCGGAGGGUUACAUGAAAAUACUCUGCUUCUUGUGAUGGGUGAUCACGGGCAAACCAUCAACGGUGAUCAUGGUGGAGGUGCUCCAGAAGAAGUUGAAACGUCACUAUUUGCUAUGAGUUUGCAAAAGCAUCAUCCAUCUUCCUUACCGUCCGAAACAGAUAGCUCGUCUUGUCGACUUGACUUGGAGAAAAGGAAGAUAUGCACUAGCUCCAUCGAGCAGCUUGACUUUGCCGCAACAGUAUCUGCUCUGCUUGGUAUUCCACAUCCUUUUGGAAGCAUCGGGCGUGUUAAUCCUGAACUGUAUGCAUUAGCUGCUGGUACUUGGAACUUGGACAAUUUUACUCCUGAAAGUGGAAUAAAUCUCUCAAGUUUAGAGAAGUGGAUGCAGAACUAUGUCAAUGUCCUCUGCAUGAAUACAUGGCAGGUGAAAAGAUACAUUGAUGUAUAUUCAGCUUCAUCGGUGAUAGGAUUUUCGGACAAAGAUAUGUUUCACGUAUCGAAUCUCUACGCUCAGGCAAAUGAUAUUUGGUUACAUACCAAGGAAGAUUUUACAUCGUUGCCUCAACUGCAGAAGCAAGUUGAAGCUUAUACUAAUUUCUUGUCGAGUAUUGCUGCACUUGCUCGUUCCAAAUGGACAGAGUUCAAUGUAAAGAUGAUGGGAACUGGUUUAUGCAUCUUGGUGUUCUCUCUUUUUGUUCACAUUUUCACCAUCAAGAAAUUGGACAAACUAUGCAGUAGUUGCUAUCUUCCUCGUGGUGGAAAUUUUGUAAUUUCUUUCGAGGCUAUUUUUGCAUAUGCUGCUGUGCUGAUCCGUGCUUUCAGUUUUCUUUCAAAUAGUUUCAUCUUGGAGGAAGGUAAAGUGGCAAGUUUUCUAUUGGCCACGGCUGGAAUGCUUCAAUUACGUCAUGCAAUAGUGAAAAAAAUGAUGCUUCUUGAAGGACUUCUUUUUGUUCUGGUGGUUCCUCUUCUCAGAUUCGGUAUUGAACUUGGACAGUCAAAACAGGCUGUCAAUUCUUUAUUUUUGAAGUCAUUUCCUUCGUGGACCGUAGGAGUUGAACAAUCCACCAACUUAUGGAUUUAUGUUGCUGAUAUCUUGCCCUUUUUAGUGCUUAUCAUUUUAGCUUAUAUACUUUACAAGAACAUCAGACAUAGUUCCAGUCAGGACAUAUUCAAGUUUGUUAUUAUUGGAACCAUAUUUGCUUCUUCUCUUGUAGCUCUAGCUUGGGCUUUAGAUGGUAACUUAUUUAGCCCGAGCACGAUGAUUGUGGAUAUAAAAGCAUAUUGGAUUCCUCGGAUCAUCUAUGUUUUUGGUCUUCUGCAACUAUUGUUAUUAGCAAUAUCCCUACUUUGUGGUAAAGAGAAAAAGACUUCGGGCUUGGAGGAAGGUACAAUUGUUAAAGCAACUGCCAUGUUAUCUGCAUGGAGUUCGACAAUAAUCAUUUUAUCUGGGAAACAAGGUCCUCUAGUUGCUCUAGCAGCGGUAAUUCAAGGGUGGUGCAUAAUUAGGUUAAUGAUGUUAGAACAAGACUGCAAUGAAAGUUCAACUUUAUAUUCUUCUCCGGUGGCAAAAUCGAGCCUUUUAGCCGUGUGCUUAUUUUUCUGCACUGGACAUUGGUGUGCCUUUGAUGGGCUCCGCUAUGCUGCCGCUUUCGUUGGGUUUGAGGAAUUCAACCUUGUUCGUCAAGCCGCCCUUCUUACCGUCGAUACAUUUGGUUUCUCCCACAUUCUUCCAGUAAUGGGACUUCCACUUAUUGUUGCUUGCCGCCGACGUCCAGAGGUAGUCCAGGCUGAGAAAAGGAAACAACUGUUUUUUUUCCAGUUAUGCCAGGUCUAUUUGAUGUAUGGACUUAUUAUGGCUAUAUCUAUGACACUUACAAUUAUAUGUGUUACGAUUCAAAGGCGGCACUUGAUGGUAUGGGGUUUAUUCGCUCCAAAGUUUGUCUUUGAUGCUGUGGGUCUUCUUCUUACCGACUUCUUCAUAUGCUUCGCAUCACUGUACUAUUUUGCAUGAUCAAAUCUACAACUUCUUGAAUGGUUCUAUUCCAUUGACAUCGGUAUAUCGUUGUAGGUAAGGUAACAUUUCGUUAUGUCCUGAUUCGUUCUCAGAUUUUGAUUGAUUAAUACAGAUGUAUAGCUACCAUUUAAGGCGUUGACCUUAAGUCGGUAAAUUUUGAUGGAUUAUUAGAAGAUCUUGUUGUGGUUAGCAUUCUUUUAACGGAGGCAAAAACAUUAGGUAAUUUUUUUUCCAUCUGUCCAAGGUUUGUUGGAUAGAGUUACUUGGUACAUGUGCCGGUGGGUGGUAACAUUAUUAUAGUGUUGAUUGUGAUACGUUGAGAUAUGUUUCUAAUGAUGUUAGAUCUUACCGAAGAGAAUUGUUCUUAUUGUUUUACCUA